GUGUGGGGCGCCCCGGGCCGGGCCCUGCGGGCGUCUCCGAGCCCUCGGCGCAGCGACCGUCCCUCCGCAGGGCGCGCUUCGGGUUCAGACAGCCAUCAUCACAGGUUGAAUGAAUUAUUCCAACUAUUUAUUAGCUGUUUAAUAGAGGUAGAGGGACAAAUACACUAUGGCUGACGAAGUUUUCGGCACAACUUUGGCAUAUACGAAGAGUCCAAAAGUUACCAAAAGAACUACUUUCCAGGAUGAGCUAAUAAGAGUAAUUACAGCACGCUCAGCCAGACAGAGGAGUUCAGAAUACUCAGAUGACUUUGAGAGUGACGUUGUAUCCUUAGGUGAUUUUUCUGAUACCUCAGUAGAUGAAAAUUUAGUUAAGAAAAAAAUGAAUGAUUUUCAUAUAUCAGAUGAUGAAGAAGAGAAUUCUCCACGACCAUCUUUUUUGAAAAGAAAGAAAUCAAACAGUGACAUAACCAGAGAUGAGCCAGAAGUUGCUGUCAAGAACAGUGAAGAACAGAUUCCAGAUGUUUGUGAAGACAUGGUUGCAAAUUCCUUCUCUGAAUCUCACAAUAAAGAUCAAGAAGUUGAAAAUGAGAGAAUUAAAAUAAAACCGAAACCCAGAAUUCUUCCAAUCAAAAGCACCUCUUCAGCAGAAAAUAGCGGUCUUGAAACAGAUGAACACUUUAAGCCCUCACCUCGGCCAAGGAGCAUGUUAAAAAAGAGUAGCCACGUGGAAGAGAAGGAAAAACUAAAAGACAGAGAAACUGCCCUUGGUGAGGGCCUAGAGUCUGCGCCCUCCUCCCUUCCUGGGCUGAGCGUCAGACCCCUGGAGGCAGAGAAAGAUGGAUUCGCUGUGAGCCUCGAUCAUGAGGAUCCACUGUUUAAAACCCUGUCAUCGUCAUCCCUUAAAGAAAGCCUUGGACAACGCUUUCUACCAGGAUCUGAGGAAAAAACAUCCAUAAAAGAUCAGAAUGGAGAAUUCGCUGAAAACCAUAAUUCCUUGAAAUUAAAUGAAAAUGCAGAGAAUGGGGUUUUGAUAGACCGUGUUGCUCCUGAACUGGAGAAACCAACGGAAAGCGAGCUGGCUGCUGCUGACCUUGAAGAAGACAGGAGGAAAGGGGAACCGAGCCCAGAGGAGGACUUAGCGGCUGCUCCCCUGCCGUCCAAAUCCCAGAGGGCCUCAGUGCCUGCCAGUGCAGCGGCACCUGCACAGAGAACAAUCGAAGAUAGAAACAUGAAGAGUAAAAAGUCAACAACUGAUAAUAGAGCAUCCAGUGCAUCUGCCAGAUUAAUGACUUCUGAGUUUGUGAGGAAAUCCAGUUCUGCAGGGCGAGCUCCGUGGUCCUCCACCUCUUCCCACUACUUAGGGACUUUGAAAGUCUUGGACCAGAAGCCUUCACCGAAACCAAACCUGGAGCCCGACACAGCAGAUCACAUCAGGGCAGCUGUUUACCAGGAGUGGUUAGAAAAGAAAAAUGUACAUUUGCAUAAAAAGAACAGAAUAAAAAGGAUAGAAAGUGAAAACUUAAGGAUCCAAAAUGAACAGAAAAAAGCUGCUAAGAGAGAAGAAGCGAUAGCAUCAUUUGAGGCCUGGAAAGCUAUGAAAGAAAAGGAAGCAAAGAGACUAGCUGCACAAAAGAGGCUGGAAGAAAAAAACAAGAGAAAAGCUGAAGAAGAAGAGGAGGCGGCGAGGAAAGAAGAAGCCCUGCAAGCAUUUGAGAAAUGGAAAGAGAAAAAGAUGGAAUAUCUUAAAGAGAAAAAUAAAAAGGAGAAAGAAUAUGAAAGAGCAAAGAAACAUAAAGAAGAGGAAACUGUUGCUGAGAAAAAGAAAGAGAACUUAACUGCUGUUGAAAAAUGGAAUGAAAAAAAGGAAGCUUUAUUUAAGCAAAAGGGAAAAGAGAAAAUAAAUGAGAGAAGAAUGGAAGAACUGAAAAGGGCUGAGAAAAAUGAUAAAGAUAAACAGGCCAUCGAUCAAUAUGACAAAUGGCUGGUGAACUUGACAUGACACACAGGAACAUUGAAUUUAAUGGAAAAGAAAGAAAGACAGGAGAGAAUCCAACGAAAACAAAAGAAACGGCAUUCCUUUCUGGAAAGUGAGGACCUUCCUCCUUGGAGCCCUCCAAGCAGAACUGUGGUUUCAAAAGUAUUUUGAUAGCUUUAGUCCUUAAAUUAUUUAUCAGUUAACCAAUUUUAGCCAUGGGUUUAAAAGCCAUUCAUUCAAUCCUUUAUAAUUAUAAGAAUCUAUUUUAACUAAAUACUAGGUAUUUCUGCUGACAAGGGAAAAGAUAUUUUGGAGUUUGGUCGGUGAAAGCAUUUUUUCUAUUAGACAAACUGCCUCAAUGAAAAGCUAAUAAUCAGAUUGCUCCCACCAUUAAAAUGAAUAAAGGUUUGCCAUGCCCGGGUGACAUUCAAAGUGAUCACUUUCACUAAACUCUGCAUAUUAUUUAAGCAUGCUUACUCCCAAUAAUAAAAGGGACCUCAUCUAGGUAUGAUAAUCAUAGAAAUAAUUCAGUUUAUGGGUGUCUGGAUUUGGGGUUUAAAUGAGUGGUCACUGGUCAGGAUGUCCCACAUACUCUCUUCUAAAACUAAUCUAGUUCAAAGAAGUUGAAUUUGCACUGUGCAAGUUAAAAACAUGGACACUGAGCCAAUAGUUCAGUAGAACUAUGAUCUGCAAGGCAUUUUACUUAAGAAUUUUGCCUUAUGUUUUAUUAUGAGUACACUUUAUCUGCUCAAGGCUUAAAUGACAAUCACAGUCACUUUAUAAUUACCUCAUCUCUGAAAUUUUCUUUGUAAAUUCAUCCCACUUUGUUUACUAUUUCAGUGAUAACAAAAGACAUCAAUUUCGUGGCAGUGAUAUACUUACACAUACACAUUAGUUGUGGAAAUUCCACAGCUCAAGGUCAUGAUUAUUAUCUCAUUUUCUAUACUAAAGCCAUAAGGGUGAUGAAAGCAUUGUUCUUCUUAACUGAUCCAGAGUUUUAUAGCUUCUGUUUAGAAGUCAGAGGAAUGGGAAAGUAAAUUUGUAGAAAAUAUCUGAAGAACCUUUUUUUAUUUACUGAUAUCUCUACAUCCUUGUAUUAACUGGACUCAUACUUGACCAGUUCAUCUAUUUUAAGACAACCAAUUGCUCUCGGAGUUGAAAUGCUGCUUUAGUUAAUCAAGCAAUAUGGAGACAGUGGAUGAAGAGAAACAAUGACUAUUUAUGGACCACUUUACAAAUUAUAACUAUUCAGGGUAGGUGUUGUUAGCCUCACUUUGCAUAUAGAAACGCCAAGUCCAGAAAAACCAGAUAACCUGCCAUACAAGUAAUGUGUGACUGAGUCCAAACCAGUUCUCACUGACUGAGUGAGCGAGUGCCUCUUUCUAGAACCUGUCAGGCCCGCUGCAAACACAUUUUAUCUCUCAGCGUCUAAAACCCUGUAUUGCUAUCCAGAGAUAUCUGUCCCAGAAGAAAUAACUGCUAGUCAUUAGAGGCAGAGGGCCUCACUAAAUCUGUGACCCGAAAUGAGAAUUCAUGAGAUUUGAGAAGUUGAACAUCUUCCCUCUAGUAUUAGGAUGACAGAAAACUCAGCAACUGAUGCCAUGUAGGCUUCGAGAUUUCAAAAUUUGAGGACACACUGAGCAUUAACCUUUUGCUGCAGUGUGUUGCAAGAUAAGGUGUCCUGGA